CAUUGUUUGUAAGUCGUCCGAUAUAUCGCGAUAUAUCGCGAUAUAUCGCCUGUAUCGGUAGGCCAAGGGUCGAUACACACCCAGAUGCGACUUAGGCGACUAACAUUCGAGUCGUCCGAUAUAUCGCGCGACUCGACCGAUUAGUCGCCUGAUCGAGUCGAGGACGACUUAAUGGGCUUCACUCCAGAUUGGGCCAGGCGGACAUGUAGGUGUCUAUUCAGCCCAUUAGGGUUUCUUUAUAAAAACCCCCCACUUCAGCCCAUUAGGGUUUCUUUAUAAAAACCCCCCACUUCAGCCCAUUAGGGUUUCUUUAUAAAAAACCCUCCUCCUCCCAGAACUGACGCCGCCCCUCCUCCUCCCAGAACUGACGCCGCCUCUCCUGGACACGCCUCUCCUCAUUCAGGAUGAACUCUAUUUCCGAUGAAAAUGCUACAGUCGAAGUGGUGUUCCCAAAUGCAGCAGCUGCUGCUGAAGCCGAUGCACAGCUGACUGGAGGGUAUGCUGCGUCCGAUGAGCCAAAUUCUGCUGCUGUUCCAUCAUCUGGGUCUGGUAAUGUCACUCCUAAUGAGAAGGACUUUGAAUCCAUAGUUGCUAGCACAUUAGGAAAGAUGCCACCAGAACUUGCUGCAAUGGCCAAAGAUCCAAAGAGGCAUGCUAAAUCCAAAGACCCUGGGUGGAAGUAUGGGUUCUGGCCAUAUGAAGGAAAGAGAGAUAUGGUGCAAUGCAUCUUCUGCAGAAAGGUGGUUCCUGCAGGAAUCAAGAGGUUCAAGCAACACAUUGCAGGUGGUUAUGGAGACGUCGAGAAGUGUCCAACUGCACCUGCAAUAGUAAGAAAAGAGAUGUACGAUUUUUUGAAGAAAAAUGCUAGGAAAGAACUGAACCUGCAGCAGGGAAGGGAAUGGGAUUGUGAAGCAGAUAGUGGAGGUGAAGUGCAGGAAACAUGUGCGGUGCCAAGCUCAGGGACUAGAAUUAAGGAAAGUAAUAGGAUGUUUGCUCGUUCUUACCUAGAUUCAGCUAAGCAGGGGUCACAAAAGUACAUGAAAAGUGUUAGUUCCAUGCUACAAAAGUCGCCGGAAGAUGUGGUUUCUGAGAGGCAUAGUUCAAGGAAUUCUCAAACUAGUACAAUGGAGCAUUGCACAAAGAAAUCAAAGGAAGUUAAACAAAGAGUUGAUGAUCAUGUGGCAGAUUUCUUUUAUGAGAAUGGAAUUCCUUUGAAUGCUAUUAUAAGCAAACAAGCAGAUGACUAUGAGAAGUCUCAAGGUGAAGCCUUCUCGAGGCCAUUAGCAAUAAAGGAUAGAGCUAGAAAAAAUCCAGUUAACUGGUGGGGAGCAUAUGGUGGCCUUGCAUACGAGUUGAUGAGUUUAGCAAAAAAAAUAGUUAGCCUUUGCUGUUCGGCAUCAGGAUGUGAGCGUAAUUGGAGCACCUUCUCUCAAAUACAUACCAAGAGAAGGAAUAGGUUGGAGCACAAGAGGCUCAACAAUUUAGUGUUUGUUAGCUACAACAGAAAAAUGGCCAACAGAUUUGCUAAGCUGCGUGAGCUCGGUUCGAAAGGCAAGAAAUACAAUCCGUUGCACCUUGACGAGUUUCAGUGGGAAAACGAGUGGGUUGAUGCCGGCUGUGAACCAGUUCAUCAAGAUGCCGCUUCUGAUACUGGUAAUGAUCUAACUUGGCAAAACGUGGAUGAAGCUACUGGUGCAACUCAAGGUCUAGGAGGUCGUAAUCUGCCAAGGGCUGCUGCAAUGAAAAGGAAGAGUGGAUCUAAACAUGCUGCUGCUGCUGCAAGUAAAAGGACUAAGCAACCUAGGACAGCUGCAAUUCCAGUUGAAGAUGAAGUGUCAAGUGAAGAGGAUGAUGAAAUGGGAGAUGAGGGUGGAUCUGAUUACGAAGAUGAUGAAGAGGGUGGUGGAGGUUCAGCUGCAGGGGCUUUCCAAGUGGAUGAUGCUGUGCUUUGAGUUUGCUUAAUUGCUUGUUAGUUGUUAUCAUGCAAAUCGUUGAACAUGACUAAAUCAUUGAACAAUAUGAUGCUGUGUUUUUUCCUGUUGUAAUUUGAAGUAUAUAUUGCAUA